AUGGGGGGAGGCUACUCGGCUUGGGUUGACGCUGGAUUCGCCGGUGACAUACCCCCGGAGGAGCUCAAGAUUGCUUGCAAGUUCCGGCCAAAUUUGAUGCAGAAAGAAUGGGAAAAACAGAGUGCCCAUGUGAAGUUGUUGUCUUGCAAUAAGGAAACUAUGAUGUUUAAGAGGGAAUGGGCCAUUUUCACAAGCUAUAUAAAUUUGAAAUAA